UUUCUUUUUCUUUCUUUUACUUUUUAAAUACUUUCUUUUCCUAUUAUUGUUUCUUUUUAUUUUCUCUCUCACACACCUUUAUUAAAAAGUCUAUCUUUUUUUCUAAGCAAGGAGGAGGAGAUAUAUUAAUAAAAGGAAACUUUCUUCAAUGGCUUUGAAGUUUGAAACAGAACAAUGGCAAGCAGCUUGUGUUGCAUUUGAUGACAGAGACUACGAAGCGUCAUUAAAGACCUUUAUUGGCAUAGCUGAUAAUGCAAAAAUACACUUUAAUAUUGGACUCAUUUUUGCAACAGUAGAAGAUCAUGACCAUGCACUUGGUGCAUAUGCAAAAGCAAUCGCGAUGGAUCCUUAUUUUGCAGUCGCUUAUUUUCAACAAGGUGUAUCGCAUUUUGUGAAGGGAAACAUGGAGGCAGCAUGUAUGGAUUUUGAUCAAGCUUAUCAGAAACUUCGUGGAAACCCAAUCAUUAAUUAUCAACAAUUAGGUUUAAGCUUUAGACUUUAUUCUUGUGAAGUUUUGUUUAAUCGAGGGAUAUGUCAACUGUAUUUGGGCAAAAUGGAUGCUGGCCUUACUGAUCUAUAUCAUGCACAAAAAUCAAGAAUGACAGAAGAACAUGAUGUGAUCGACCAAGCAGUCAAAGACAGAGGAAAAGGCUAUUCCGUUUUUUCUAUUCCUCCACUUGUCAUCUUUAGACCCUCUGAAAGUAGAUUGAGGCAACUUCAAGGUGACAUGUUUGCUGCUGUCGAUCAAAUCCCUAUCAAAAAGAAAGAAGUGAACAAUAAGUCAAUCACACGCAAUAAUUCUGUGCUGUUAAACGAUAAAUACCGUAAACCACAACAAUCUCCGCUUCGAACACAAGGAGGCCCUUCGUCGCCACUCGCAUCCUCACAGCCACUGCCGCCUCAACAGUCAUCACUGCCACCACCACAAAUGAUGCCAAGCAACUCUACAAGCACGACAGCUUCUAAACCUCCUGUAGAACGAUCUCGAAAAGAUUCGAGUUUCGGUAUGUACAAUCAUUCUGAUGAUUCAGGCUCUACAAUGUCAUUCAGUUCUUCAAGUUAUCGAUAUCGCCAAGAUGGAAGACGUGUGGAUAGUGGAUUUGAAUCAAGCUUAGAGGAUAGAUACUCAUCUUCUUCAUCACUUGCUGGGGGAAUGGGCCCUGGAAGCAGGAAUUCAGCCAAGAGUUUUAAAGGACAGUACUAUUCACCGCCACCUGUCCCACCUAUUCCCAAACAACAUGAAGAGGACAGUAUGUAUGGUGAUUUUGACCAAGAAUUAGAAGAAGUGUAUGGAUCAUUGCAUGAAAUGACAGUACAGGACCGAGAAAAGGACCGUAUUCGUAACCGACUUGGAAACAACAAGGAUGACUUUGGACCACAGGCUUCUACUUCCACCUCUACAGUCGGGUCAAACAAUAGUAACGGCGGUAGAAUUAAAAUCAAAGUUCAUUAUACUGACACCAGAAUUCUAUUGGUCUCGACCUCGAUAACCUUUGAAGAAUUGAAAAUGCGCAUUAUUGACAAAUUUGGAGCACCUCCUUCAAUUCGUCUGCAGUACAAAGACGAAGACAAUGAAAUGGUAUUAAUGAUUGACGACGACGAUCUCUUCAUGGCAAGACAACUGAAUAAAUCCACGAGCGAUCUAGAAAAAAUAGAAAUCUGGUGUGUUAAUUCAUAAUCAAAUAUUCCCCCAUUGUAUAGUCUCUUAUUAUUUAUCUCGUUGGAUUUACUUUUCGAUUAAAUUAUUUCCUAAUUCUGUAUUAUACAUUCGUUUUUGAAGUCACUAUUUUUGUUUUAUUUACAAUGGUUGCAUUGCAGGUGGCAGGAGCGAAAG